GACGUGCAGUUCCGAACAAACAACAACGGCCACCAAUAGAAACAAAAAAAGGGAAAGCCCAAUAGCUACCUUGAAGAUGCCCUCGAACCCCUCAUUGGAAGCCGUCUCGGCCGCGAAUGCUACGAAGAGGAAGAAUGCCCCCCGAGACGACGAAGACAGUGCUUCUGAAUCCGGAAGCGAUGUCAGCAUGAUCAAUGUCGACUUUGACUUUUACAAUCUUAAUCCUGACGUUGACCUCAUCGCGGUCAAGAGGCUCCUUCGUCAGACUCUCUCCUACGAUGAAGAGCGUAUCGACGUCCACUCUUUAGCGGAGCUCUUACUUGCCGAAGGUGUAAGGCUACAGGCUGGUAGCUCUAUCAAGACAGAUGGGGAGGAGAGUGAUCCUUGGGGUCUUGUUGCUGUCAUCGACAUCGUUAGACAUAAGGAUCACCCUGCUCUCAAACCCUUUUUAGACUAUCUCGGCUCGGUUAUGGCAAACAGCAACUCUCCUCUUCAAUCAGUAUUCAGCCCUUCUUCACCCAACACACGUCCGGCUCUCGUCUUCUCCCUUCGUAUGCUCAACUUGCCUUUACCACUCAUCCCACACUUGUAUAGGAUGUUGUUGGAGGAGCUUGAGACCAAGGAGGAAGGCCGAUUUACCCACUUUUUAGUCUGGGGUCGAGGCUACAGGUUGGAAGGUACCGAAGAGGGUAUGGGUUUGGAUAUGAACGUCGUGGAGAAAUCCUCCAAGAAGAAGAAGGCAUUAGGGAACGAGACUGUUGCCCUGUCCGCAGGAAGCUUCCCUUACCACCCCGAAGAGGAGUUUAUGGACAAGGUUGCAAGUCAAGUCCACACUUACAAUUUCAAGACGGCCGCCCCCCGAGAUGCCGAAUCCUUUGGUGUCGAGCAAUUUGGCAGGUUGGUGCUUCUGGAAAAGGCCAAGCUCGUUAGUGCCAUCCAGUCCAUGCAGGCGGCGUGCCAAUAGUAUUCCAAAACCCUUCAUCUCUUGUAACGAUGUAUCAUAUAUAAUGCAUAACCUUAUGACUGCUUG